AUGUCGUCAGUUACUUGGUGAGGUUAGAAUUUCGAGAUGCAAGCGGUUAAUUCUGUUCAUUGAUCGUUAUUGGACGCAAUGUAAUAGGUCAAGUUGUUAUGUCCAAUUAAUGUCUUGAUACUUGGUAACUCUGUCCCUAAACGUUAGAGUCAUCUUGUAACUAAACAAAGUUUAUACAAUAUUUUUGUACUCAACGACCACUUUGUUGUUACUGUUUUAUUUGCAUAGCAAUGCGUGAGAAUGGUUUUAAUAUUGGCAAAUUAUCAAUUAAGCCAAAGGAGACCCAUGUGAAAAUGGAACGGUUCCAAAAGUAUCGCUAAAGGACUAGCAAAUCUGUUGUACGCUCGUAUCAAAAUAUCUCGGAUAGGCAAACAUGUAUUUUAUCAUGCAAUGGCUCGACCAUGGCUAGGAUGCUUUAUCGGUAUCCUAGUUAUGUCGGUUAUUUUCUACUUAUAUUUAAUCGUAAACGUUCCAUCUGUUGAGAAUAUCGUUAUGGAUACGUCGAGAUUACAGGUGCCUAAAGAGAAUGCAGGGAAGAGAUCUCAUUCUUCUACCGAAGUUCAGUUUAAAAAGAACAUUUUGAUAGCCAAUUCCACUCAAAAUAUGUGUGAAACCAUUCAUAUCGCAAUGGUAUGCGCUGGUUAUAAUUCCACAUUUGCAGUCGUGACCGUAAUGAAGUCGAUUUUAUUCUAUCGAACGAAACCGAUACGGCUUCAUCUGUUAGUAGAUGAAGUUGCAAAGCGGACAUUGUCAACUUUAUUCGUUACAUGGGAUUUACCACAUGUCACGGUCUUGUAUUAUAGAGCCGAAGAUUGGGUACCUAAAGUAUCGUGGAUUCCAAAUAGACACUAUUCUGGCGUUUAUGGACUUUUGAAAUUGAUUCUACCUGAAGCGAUGGCAGAAAACAAAGUCCUCGUAUUGGACACCGAUGUUACAGUAUUAAAUGAUAUUGCAAUCCUAUGGCGAUUGUUUGAGAAUUUUAACGAAGAGCAGCUUUUGGGACUAGUGGAAAAUCAAAGCGAUUGGUAUAUAAAAGCCUUGUCUUACAGUCAACGUCCUUGGCCAGCAUUAGGGAGAGGAUUUAAUACCGGUGUAAUGCUAAUGCAUCUACAGCGAUUGCGAUCUGCAAAGUUUGCACGUUUAUGGGAAACGAUAACAAAACGAGUAUUGCAGCAAAUUCCUGAAACUAGCCUUGCUGAUCAAGAUGUUUUGAACGCUGUAAUCCACGAACAUUCCCAAAUCAUCUAUAAAUUGGGCUGUACUUGGAACAUACAACUCAGCGAUCACACCAUCAGUGAUCUAUGUUACAGUAACACAAAUUAUAUAAAUAUUAUUCAUUGGAAUUCUCCAAGAAAACAGGAUGUGAGGAAUAAACAUGUCGAUGAUUUUCGACAAAUAUACAAAGUCUUCCUAGAAUUAAAUGGCAACUUGCUUCGUAGGCAACUGUUUGGUUGCGAAAGGCCAAAAGUUAACUCUCUGUAUAAUCAAUCGAAUCCAUGCCUUAAAUUUGUCAAAGGCGCAGAAAUAAAUUACCGGACUCAUCUCUUUCUUCUGGAGUAUGAGUACAAUAUAAUAUCGAGCACAGAUGUUGCUUUGGUAACUCAGUGCAGUGCGGAUAGAAUAAUGUUACUCGAAGAGCUUUGCAGACAUUGGCCAGGAACGAUAAGUGUCGCAUUGUAUCUUACCGAUGCAGAAGUGCAGUCUUUCCUCGACUUUAUCCGGAGUUCCGCAGAGUUGCGAGUUAGAAAAAAUAUUGCUUACCAUAUCGUCUAUAAGGAUGGGGAAUUUUAUCCUGUCAAUUAUCUGAGAAACAUAGCCAUGACGCAUGUUACGACACCUUAUAUAUUUCAACUGGACGUUGACUUCCUUCCUCAGUUUGGGUUGUACGAAGCCUUGAUGAAUUACAUUACGAAAUUGAAUAUGGGCAAGUCGAGUAGAACAGCCCUAAUAGUGCCAGCAUUCGAGACUCAGAGAUAUAAGUUUACAUUUCCAUCGAACAAGGCGGAAUUAAUUAAAUCUCUGAACCGUGGAAUUUUUUACACCUUUCGUUAUCAUGUUUGGACACAAGGACAUUCUGCCACAAAUUAUUCGUUUUGGCGAACCGCCACCGAACCCUAUGAGGUUUUAUGGGAGCCCGAUUUUGAGCCUUAUAUUGUCGUUCCUCGUUCCGCGCCGAAUUAUGAUACAAGGUUUGUCGGUUUCGGCUGGAACAAAGUUUCUUACGUUACACAUUUGACUGCUCUCGGUUAUAGGUACAUAGUAUUACCAGAUGUAUUUAUUAUUCAUCGCCCCCAUGCACCGAGUCAAGAUAUCGGAAAGUUCAGAAGGGACUCUCUCUAUAGAAGGUGUUUAAAGAAGUUAAAGGACGAAUUUGUGCAAGACUUGAUAAUUAAGUACGAAGACGCUGCAUCGAAGCUAAAGAGAAUAACCAAAGAAAAAGUAGAAAGAACAGCGAGGCCAAAGUAAGUGAUUAUCAUGAGUGACGUUGUCAUCAUUAUAAAUCAUUUAACACCGAAACGUGAUUAUGCGGCAUUGAAGUAGACACGUUUGUUCUCUUCUGCUCAUUCCAAUUAUUAAUUUUAUUAUUACUAAUACUACACUCACGCGACUAAUCGUAUUUCUCGUGUCAGUUUAAAUCUGAAUUUAUAGAGGGAGAUUAUAAGCAUGCGAGAUUACCCUAUACCUUCCGAUUUGUAUUUGCAAAUAUAACAAUAUCUACGAUAAUAAAUUGCCUCUCGGUUUAUGUUUAUAUUAUGUUAAUAUAAUUUAGAAGAAACGUAUUGCGGGAUGAUAUCUAGGGUUGGGAAAUAUUUAUUAAAAUCGAAUGCACAUGGCAGAGUGUACAGAGCGGAUCGUCCGCUACAUCGCAGUAAUAUUACAAUCACGCUAAUUAUGUCAUUUAUAAAAUAUUUAUAAUAUUUACAUAACGCCGAGAGCGACGACACGUCGAGGAGAAACGAAUUUGAUGGGUUUUAUGCAGACUUUUGCGCAAAGUAUACAUUUACACCACGAAGCACGAGAAUAUACGAAGUUUCGUUGCGAGGCAAGCUUCGGACUUCGACUUACCAUAUGUUACGCUAGAAAUGAUACAGUAAUGGUGAUAACCGUAAUUAAUAAACAAUAACAACGAUACCGACAAUAGUAACAGCAACUUAAUAAUUAACUUUCAAUAGUCGUUAGAGCGGUGUAAAGUAAUUUGUAAUGGGGAGCCAUUGAUGCCGAUUAAAGAUUCGAAUAUGUUUAUCGCCACGUUGAUCGAUUUAAUUAAUUUAACUACGCUGCAUUAGUACGAUGGAAGAAGCGAGCACUAACAUGCUUUGCCGACAAAAAAAAGAAUUGUUUCCCCUUUCGCUUCUCCGUGCAACGUUACGAUUAGCUUUGUUAUCAGGAAAAAUAAUGCUUUCCGAAGGCUCGUAAAAGAGAAAUCAAUGAAUUCGAGUAAAGUUGAACUCAAUUAAUCGGUAAUUCGUCCUGCACGUACAUUGCAGUCGUUGAUAAAAAUUCCUACACGGUGGCACGAUAAAGCUAGAAAUAAUGAAAAGCUCAUCACUGCGGUAAAACGACAAAAUCACUAGGACAGAAUAGGCACGGUGAACAAUUUUAUUGAAGUGCCGCAUUUUAGGCGCUCAACCAACAUUCGACCAGCAUUCAUCCGACAUAAUCUCUAAUUUACAUACAGUCUAAUAGAAACGAGGUCGCCAAGAACAAUUACGCGAUUCAUAGAACCUCGGCUACUUACAGCGGCAAUACUUAUGUACAUAUUUUAACAUCGUUUCCCUUCGAACGCACCUCGGGAAUAAUUCGCGAACUUCUUCACCGAAGUUAAAAGUCGAGGUACGAGAGAGCUUAGAGUCUCUUUGCGCGCCAAAGAGCGAUUUGGUUUUCCAUGCUUAUUAAUCUCUCUCUCUCGGGGUCCGGUAACAUCGCUGGUCUUUGCUUUAAAUUAACGGUAACGCAAGAUCUCCAGCGAAUCAUGCCACAAGAUGCGAGGUCUUCCUACCCCGAGAAGCUUUAUUUAAUAGUGCCUGAAGUAACGUCAUGCGUAUCUUAUGCUACAUCCAAAAUUCACUUGCACCUGCACUCCGGGUGCAUUUUGAUUUUGCAUUCGUCGUCGUCCCUGACCACCUUAUUACCGGAUAUUGACGCGUUAAGGUUUGACAACGGAAAAGUCCCUCCUUCGAGCCUUUAUCUACAUUUAGUGUCAUCGGAACACUCCUUACCGAAUUAAUACUUAAUAUUUAGAGCCUGUGGUACUUUUUAAAUGAGAGAUGCAAGCCAGACUCAAAAUUCGACUUGAAAAAAAAAAGAAAAAUUCGGUUUCAACAUUUGAGCUUGUCUUGCAUGACCCGCGGUACCCAUUCGAUGCCUGGUCGCCUUUACGAUUGCGUCUUGAAUUAAUUACGAAUAAAACUGCGCCGCCAUAUUGUUUUUUCCGUGCGAGCGGUACUGCAGAUCCUAAAUGUUAAGUAUAAAAUUGUGUAUUAGUCGCGUAGAUUAAUCCGUGAAUUAUUCUUUCUCUUGGAAAGGCCCUUCUACGAAAGAGCUGGCAUUCGGCAAUCUUAUGAUUCUUUUGCGUUAUUUGUCAAGCCGUGUUAACAGUCGCGAGCACGGCUCUCGCCAUCUUAGCUUAUUUCGGAACCGACGACUUACGUUCUACCAUUUUUAUAAAAACGAAGCUUUGUAUACGUGUCUCGAGUGCCCCUCCAAACUGAAUAUCUAGCAGUUAUUUCAACGCAAUUUAUAAACGAUAAAUUCGUCUUCACAA